UCUCUCUCUCUCUCUCUCUCUCUCUCUCUCUCUCUCUCUCUCUCUCUCUCUCUCUCUCUCUCUCUCUCUCUCUCUCAUGAAUCCUGUAUACCUGAACCCUCCUCAAGCUCCUUCCUUUCCUCUUUUGGAGCGGCAAGAAGAUCAGACCUUGCAGUUCUUCAUUUCACCUCAUCAAGAACCGCCAUCGUCGCCAUCUUCUUCCUCUAUGCUAUGUGCUUCUUUUCCAAGCAGAACUGAAGAUCAAAGUUACGGUCCAUGUGGAAGAUCAGAAACUCCUGCGGAAAAGGCAAGCAGUAAUGGCGGAUCCAAACACACGCGGCUCUUCCCAUCUUCGUCUUUGCUCCAGCCGACGGUUAGCAAAAGCGAAACUAGCGAUCAAGGACGACAAAAGUCUUUUUCCUUCAAUGGUGAAAAUGGGGAGGAGGUCAACAGAGAUUUUGGCAUCAAAUGGAUGCCUUUGAAAAUGAGGUUCAUGCAGAAGAUGAAGAACAAAAUAUAUAGCAAUGGAUCUACAGAAGAUGAGAGUAUGCAAGUUGUGGACGAGUCUGCAAAGAACCAUCAUCGACGAGAUCGUACAGAGAUUAGGUUUUCGAGCAACGGUAAUAAUGCCAUAAGAGUGUGUGCGGAUUGCAACACAACCACGACCCCUCUUUGGAGGAGUGGCCCUAGAGGCCCCAAGUCUCUUUGCAAUGCAUGCGGGAUUCGCCAGAGGAAGGCAAGACGAGCCAUGGAAGAAGCUGCUGCAGCAGCCACCACUGGGGGGGCAGUGGUUGCAACAACCGAUCCAACCUCAGUGCGGAUGAAGGGGCACAACAAGGAAAAGAAAUCGCGGGCAAGUCACGCUGGACAAAUAUGCAAGAAACAAAGUAAGCAAUUCGCCAACCAAGCCGAUUCUUCCUCUCACGGCGAAAAGAAGCUCUUUUUGGGGGAUUUCGCCCGAGGGUUGAGCAAAAGUUCAGCUUUUCUACGAGCAUUUCCACAAGAUGAAGCCGAAGCUGCAAUACUACUGAUGGAAUUAUCUUGUGGCUUUGUUCACGGUUAACUUCUGCAUUUAUUACUAGAUAUGUCUUGUUUCUUGAUGAAUUUGUUUGGUUGUGUUGCUGUUAUGUCUCUUAUAGACAUUGAGAAGGAAAAGGAGAAGAGAGAGAGAGAGAGAGAGAGAGAGAGAGAGAGAGAGAGAGAGAGAUUCCCAGCAUUGCAAGGCAGAAAUAGUUUUGUUUAUUUGAGUUUACGAGAUUGAAAUAAUGAAUACGCACUAUUCCAAUGAUUGAAUAAUACAUGCAAUUUCUAUA